GCUCGCCUGCGUCAGCGCGGGGGCCCGGCCUCCGAGUCCCUGCCCCGCGCUGGCAGGACCUGCUCCCUUCCCUGGCCUCAAGGCGCUCUUCGCCAUCUGAGAAGGAAGCAACUGGGGGCGCGGUGCCCGCGAGGUGGGGCGCGCGCCGCCGACACAGUCCCCCAGUGUAUCGCCGAACUUGGGGUUAGAGCAGAGAUGAAAGACGAGGAGAAAACGCCCUUGGGCUGAUGCCCACGCGGGGAAAGCUCUGGCUGACUCUUCGCGGCGCAGGCAUUGGUCCUCAUUUUGCAGCAACCGCAGGCUGGGAAGAUGGAGAAGAGGAGCGCUGAGUAACCAUGAGAGAGCCAAUGAGAGGGGCCGGCUGCACCGGGUGAUCUGUGGGGCCAUGGGGCGGGGCGGGGGGGGAGCACGAGGAGGCCUACUCAGCAUCUCCAGCUCUGCCCUGGACCCUCCCUGCCAUCUGGAUGCCUCCAAUAGGGGAUGUGCUGCUGGCAUGGGAAGAAAUGUGGGAGGUAGAGGCCAAAGAGGCUGAGCUGGAGCCUCCACUGACCCAGGGACAUAGACACCCCCCCACCUUUGCCCCUUUAGGGCCUCAGUCUGUGGAUGCUGACUGCCCCCACCGCACUCCACCCCCAGUACCUGCAUCUGGACAUUUUUUCUUUGGAUGGUAAUGGUGCAGCUCUCUGCCAUGGAAUCAAGUUCUUAACCCUUCCCUCCACACCCCCCACACCCUCCCCUGGUGCAUGAUGGGUUCAGAAGCAGCACCUUUGGAAAGAAGCCUGGUUCUACGUCCCAAACCAAGUGAGUCUCACUCCAGAGCCCCUAAAGCUAGGGAGGAGAUAGAUUCACUCACUCAUUCACUCAUUCAUCUAUUCAUUCAAUAUUUCGUAUACUCAUUCAUUCAUUCAUUCAAUAAUCCAUAUACUCACUAGCCACUUACUAGCUAGAGACUAGGAGCCAGUCCCUUCCCCUUCCUCUCCUUUCCUCCCAAAUGGAGGAAGGCCAUCUACUCUCAGGGUUGACAUGAGGAUUAAAAGAGGUAACAUAUGGAAGCCUAACACACACAAAUGCUCAGUGAAGGGUGAUUCCUUUCUCCCUCUGGGUCUCACCAGGGUAGUUGUCCCAGAGAUACACAUGAAUAAGCCAAGGUACUUUGAGACAUUGAACCAAUAGCAAAGGAUCUAGGUCUAUCUCUGUCUCCUCACUUAGGUCACUGAGUGCCUAUAGAGACUGCAGAGAAGUUUCCACAUUUCUCCCUUUCUCUCUCUUCAAGUAAUCCAUCCAUUUUGCCAAUCUUAAUUGAGCACCUCCUGUGCCCAGACACUGUGCUGGGCUCAGUGGGGACCCAGGGGAGAGCCACAGCCCCUGCCCUCCCUGAGCUCACUGUGUAGGGGGAUUGCAGCCACUGUGGCAGGAAUGCAGUGUUCUUUCUGCCACUAGGAAAUCACUUCCUCGUUCCCCAAGAGUUCUAGCUACUCUGAGGCCGAGGGAACAAAUGAUGGUAAAAGAUAGGGUUUACUCAACACCAGUUUGCUUCUGAGAAGUUGUUGCCUGUGGCACCUGCUCCCGGGAAGGAGAACAAUGGCUCUCUCUGCCCAGGGAGGAGAGGGGCCAGCUCAGAGUGGUGGGGCAGGCACCUCUGCUUUCCCAGAAACCAGAUGUCCUCCCUGCUGGCAGAGUAAAGGCCAAACUCUUCCGCCUUGCUCCAUCUGUUUCAUUAGUUGAAUAUUACUGAAAUCCUGUUCCAAGAAUAGUGGCUGGCAGAUAGUAGGAGUUAAUGAAUAAAUAUUGAAUGAAUGAAUGAGUGAAUGAAUGAACGAGUAUAUGGAAUACUGGAUGACUGAGUAUAUGGAUUAUUGAAUGAAUGAAUGAAUGAAUGAGUGAAUGAGUAUAUGGAAUAUUGAACGAAUAGAUGAAUGGGUGAAUGAGUGAGUGAGUGAAUUUAUCUCCUCUCUAGCUUUAGGGGCUCUGGAGUGAGACUCACUUGGCUUCCCAUCCUGUGCCUUACUUAUAGACCAGCUGUGUGACCUUGGGCAAAUCACCAUAUCUCUGUCUGUAUUUCUUUAUCUGAAAAAAAGCACAUCACAAUUCCUACCCAGCCGGCCUCCCAAGGAUUCUAGGAAGAUAAGGUAGGAUAAGCUUGGGAAUGCAGUACAAAGGUUAAUUGUUUUUCUUCUCAGCCUCCUUCCCAGAAGGCACCUGACCCUCCACAACCCCCAGGCUCUGGCCCCCACCCCACCUGCCUCUGCAAGCCCUCCACACUGCAGCCACUCUGCCCUUUUGUAUCUCAGGCAGGUGCCAUGUUUGUGUCUUGUGUUUGCCUAGAGUACUCUUCCUCCCUAGCUGCUCUCCUUUAGUUACUCCUACUCACUCUUCAGCUUAAGAAGCCCCAUCCUCCCUAUCAGAGCACUGACCCUGCUUUCAUGUGGUCCACUCAGCUCUGAGUCUGCCUUUCCUAUUACACCAGAAGCCCUGUGAGGGUGGGGACCCAGUUGGUGUGGCCGUCUGCCAUGUCCAGAGAGCCUAGUACAGGGCCUGGCACGGAUCUGGGGAGUGGAUAGUCUCUCCAGAGCAAAGGAAACCACCUGUCCUCUUCAGUGUUCUCUGUUGAAAAUUCCGUCCCUGACCCCCCCCUUUCCUAUGACUCUUAACUUUUCUCCUGCCGAAGUAUCCUGUCUUGUAUUCUCUUUUUCACUCCAUCCCUGAGGUUCACGAGACUGGGUCAUUUCCAGUGGGUGGUGGGGCUCCAAGUGCUCCCAGGUGAGAACUACCCUUCUGGGCACAUAGGUGUAGCCAGAAUCUCAACUGGAGCUCUCUUUAUUUAUUUUUAAAUUAUUAUUAUUUUUUUUAAGUAAGCUCUACCCCCAAUGUGGCGCUUGAACUCACAACCCCAAAAUCAAGAGUUGCAUGCUCUACCGACUGAGCCAGCCAUGUGCCCCUACAGUAGCUCACUUUAGGGACAGCUCUGUUCCCAGGAAGUAAUCAAACCAGAUCCCAGACUUGGGGCUGCCCCUGGCUACUUUCCCACUGCUCCUCUAUCAAAUGAAAAAAUUUGCCUCUGCAAAACUACAAAUAAUGUUAGAUUAAAGUAUAAUUAGGGAAACCUAAUGCUCCUAAAACAGCACCUCACACCACCCUGAGGUGUGGGUGUGUUCAUGUACCAUGUGACCUGGCACCAAACCAGAUGGUUCAAUGGUCCCUCCCCAGAGUUCACUUCAUUCAGGAACAGCUUGCUCAAGAUUCUGGAAAGAUGCAGGUAGCUCCAGGAGACCUGAUGAGCCUGGGUGGUGUGGACAGCUGACCACUGUGUGUCCUUAGGUGAGGAGAGCUGGUUGGCAAGCCCUGGCAGGGGGCCUGGCAGAAAAUGGAUCUUGGACUUGGGAGUCUGAGGCCAGGUGUGUUCCGGAAAGCAGAUGAGAAGCAUGAGGCUGAGAGAAGAGGAGUCACCGGGACAAGGCAGCCCAGUGUCCUGCCUCUGCGGCUCUGCCCCCUGCAUCUUGUGCGGCUGCUGCCCCUCCAGCCGCAACUCCACCGUGACCCGUCUCAGCUUCACGGCCUUCCUCUUCCUGGGGGUGUUGGUGUCCAUCAUCAUGCUGAGCCCCAGCGUGGAGAGUCAGCUCCACAAGCUGCCGUGGGUGUGUGAAGAGGGGGCCGGGACCCCCGUCAUCCUUCAGGGCCACAUCGACUGUGGCUCCCUGCUCGGCCACCGUGCUGUCUACCGCAUGUGCUUUGCGACAGCAGCCUUUUUCUUCCUCUUCACCCUGUUCAUGAUCUGCGUGCGCAGCAGCCGGGACCCCAGGGCUGCCGUCCAGAACGGAUUUUGGUUCUUUAAGUUCCUGAUCCUCAUGGGCAUCACCGUGGGCGCAUUCUAUAUCCCUGACGGCUCCUUCUCCAAUGUCUGGUUCUACUUCGGUGUCGUGGGCUCCUUCCUCUUCAUCCUCAUCCAGCUGGUCCUGCUCAUCGACUUUGCUCACUCCUGGAACCAGCGGUGGCUGGGCAAGGCUGAGGAGUGUGACUCCCGGGCCUGGUAUGCAGGCCUCUUCUUCUUCACCCUUCUCUUCUACACACUGUCCACUGCGGCCGUGACGCUGCUGUUCAUCUACUACACCCAGCCCGGCACCUGCUAUGAAGGCAAGGUCUUCAUCGGCCUCAACCUCACUCUCUGCUUCUGCGUCUCCACUGUCGCCGUCUUGCCCAAGGUCCAGGACGCCCAGCCCAACUCGGGUCUGCUGCAGGCCUCGGUCAUCACGCUCUACACCAUGUUUGUCACCUGGCUGGCCCUGUCCAGUGUCCCCGACCAGAAGUGCAACCCCCACCUGCUGACCCGCUUCAGCAAUGGGACGGUCCUGGCAGGCCCCGACGGCUACGAGACCCACUGGUGGGAUGCCCCGAGCAUCGUGGGACUCAUCGUCUUUAUCCUGUGCACCCUCUUCAUCGGUCUGCGCUCCUCGGACCACCGGCAGGUGAACAGCCUGAUGCAGACGGAGGAGUGUCCGUCCACGCUGGAGGUCACGCAGCAGCGGCAGGUGGUGGAAUGCAAGGGCCGGGCCUUUGACAACGAGCAGGACGGUGUCACCUACAGCUACUCUUUCUUCCACUUCUGCCUGGUGCUCGCAUCCCUGCACAUAAUGAUGACGCUUACCAACUGGUACAGACCCGGCGAGACCCAGAAGAUGAUCAGCACGUGGACCGCCGUGUGGGUGAAGAUCUGUGCCAGCUGGGCGGGGCUGCUCCUUUACCUGUGGACCCUGGUGGCCCCGCUCCUCCUGCCAAACCGCGACUUCAGCUGAGGCAGCCCCUUGCAACCUGCCCACCUGGUGCUCGGGGCUCAGUGAGUCAGCCCGCUGAGCCCCUACCCCUACCCGCCUCCAGGACUUGCCCCUGAGCUGGGCCCCCUGUUCUUAGUGCCUUCAGGGAGGGGGAGCCUCAGGCCCAAGCCUGAGCCCUUCCUUCCUGCUGCCUCCAGACCACAGAGCUGCCUCUUCCUUACCCUUGGCCCCCAUCCCCUGCACUCACCCUCUUGGGAAAGAAGGGCCCCUUAUUCUUAGGCUCCCCGGGAGAAGGACCUGAAGGAGAGAAGCACUCAGAGCCACUCAGAGAGUGGGAGCACUCCCCAGGAUGGAGUGCCCAGCACUGAGGCCCGGGUAGUGCCGACCACGUUCCCCAGGGCAUGCCACCUCCUUCCUGGACUCCGUGCCUUACUGAGUCUCCACGACUUUGCUCAAUAAACCAGCCAGUGUAUGUACCUGCCCAUGUUCUGUGCCCCCCACCCUGGGCGCGGCCCCCAUGCGGUCUGGGGCCAGUGUGGGGACGGAAACAAGGUCAGGGCAGAGGAGGCCAGACGAGGGACCUGGGCUCUGUUCUGGUAGGGCAUGGAGAGCCUUGGAGCAGAGGCAGGGGAGGCUCCAGGGGAAGGAAGGGCUUUGGAUAAAGGGAGUCUGGGGGCCAGGAAAGGCACUGAAGCAGUGUCCACACGAGGGACGGUGAGGCCCGAAUCAGGGUGGAGAGGAGAGUUUGUGCGGGGUGGCUGAGGGGGCCAUCUCCUCCUUCCUGCCAUAGCCAUAGUCCUUGUCACAUGCGGAGAAGAAUCUGACCCAUCCCCAGACUCAGGGCAUGGUGGGGAAGAGCACGCGCUUGAGUCAGCCGAGCGGGCCUGGAUCUGGUGAAUCUUGGAAGCCGUGGGGCUUGUGUGGGGCUCCAGGCAAGUCCUUCCCCUCUGGGCCCUGGCUGCUCAUCCAUCAGCCGGGAGGAUGCCCCCCCCCCCAAGCUGCUGUGAGGCAUGGACAAUGGGCUCUUGGCUGUGGUCCUGACAGGAUGGUUGCCCAAAGGCCAUGCACCACCUCCAUUUGUGGGUGUGACAAAUAGAUAGGACGUGACUAGAUUUGCUGGGUGCUGGGGGUGCAGUGGCCAGGGACACGGGCUACUUCCAGGGAGCUCGUGGGUCACAAGGGUUGUGGGGGUGCCCAGGCUGCACUGAGGGGGUGCCUGCCACAGGAUGGACAUCAGGACGAACAUCCUGCAGGAUGAAUGGGAGCCAUCCAGCUCAAGAGGAAUGAAAAUGCUCAAGGCAGAGGGGACAGCAUGCGAACAAGAGAGAGAGUGGGGCGUUCCUGGACAGUGAGGAGUGCGGGGUUGCUGGGGUGCAGAGCGUGCGGGUCAGGAGUCGCUGCGAUCUGGGAGAGGUGGGCUGGACCCCAAUCACAGGCCAUUGCAAAGAGACCAGAUGUUAUCCUCAGUGUAGAGGGGAGCCAUGGAGGGUUUUGGAGCCAGGUGGAAGCAGUGAAGGUAUGAGGUAAUCAUGGGGAAGUUCUGGAAGGCUUCAAGCAGAAGAGUGACAAGGUCAGGGUGUUAUUUUAGAAGUAUUUCCCUGGAUGAAAUGGAGGGUUGGUAGCUGGGACAGGUGCCGGGCCCGGGAAUGAAGGGAGGGGGCAGGGUGUGGACUGGGGCAGGGGCAGAGAACGGCGUCUCUCAACCCUGGGACAGAUCCCGGGGAAGCUCUUGGCCCUGGGUGACUUUCAGCCCAAGGAAACCCUCUCCACGGAGCAGCCCGAACUCCCCCCGCCACUGCCCCCCAAGAUUUCAUUUCUUUCCUCCUUUCACCUUUGGGAGAAAAAGCCCACUCCAUGCUCCUGAUAACCUUUUUUUAAAUGAAUUUGUAGAAGUGGACCAUUUUGUCCUGCUUUUGUAUCACGUUGUUCUACAGCUUUCAGAUUAUUCAGUCAACAAACACGCACUGGGCAUGAGUUCUGGGCCAGGGUCUGGGCAGAGGAGGCAGAGGCCAGGCCAAAGAGUCUGAAUGCCUGGCGAAGGAGUUUCAGGUCCCAACUUGGAGGUCACCACCUCUGAGAAGCCACCAAGGUUUCUCCCAGACAGGGCGAAGGGCCUCCCCGAUGUUAUUUCCCCAGUCCCCGUUCUGGCCUCCAGUAAGGCCAUGGCCACACUCCCCCGGUGGGCCGUGUGGUGGAGGUGGGGGCGGAUGUCAGCGCUGACGGCUGCCCACCCAGGGGUCUGGCUGCUGGAUGCCCCUCGGCUCCUGCUGCCCAGCACCAUGGCUUCCACAUGUCCCCCCUCCCUUCCCCCUUCCCUCCCUUUCUCUCCUGCCCUCCAUCCUCUACCCUCCAACCACCUCCCCGCCUCCUUUCUGAGCUCCCAUCUCUUUUUCUUCAUACCCUCUCCUCUGUUGCCUCUCUCCCCUCUCGCUCUCUUUUGUCACCUCCUGUCCUUCGUGGGUCUGUGGGACAGGCCCAUAGGAUGCCGCCCUUUUCGUGGGCCAGGCCCUGACAGGCAGGGCUGUGCCUGGGAAGG